UGGAGGGCGGAAGCGUCAGCGAGGCUCUGAGGGGCUGGAGGGAGCGGGCAGGGCGAGAGGAGUCCAAAGGAAACCGGCCAGCGGGGGAAGGGAGGAAUCCAGCAGGACGAGGGUGGGAGCGCGCUCCGCUCCGCUCCAGGGUGUUCCCAGCCGCCCGGGCUGCUCCGCGCAGCAGCCCAGCUCGGUCCCAGUCUCGCCUGCGCUGCUGGCGGCAAUGGGGCUGCGCCCGGGACCGGUCGUGCCCCUGGGCUGGGCACUGGCGCUGCUCCUGUCCCUGGGCAGCUGGCUCGGCGAGGCCACCCCGCACCUGAGGCGCAGCAGGAGCAAGAACUGGUGCGCCCACAUAGUGAACAAGAAUGUGAGCUGCUCUGUGCUGGAUGGAACUGAGCAGUUUGUUCAGGCUCAGUACAAAUGUGCCUGGAACCAGUUUCCCUGUCCACCAACCCCAGUCUACCGUAUGAGUUUCAGACCUCGGUACAGAAUUGCUUAUAAGACAGUAACAGAACUGGAAUGGAGAUGUUGUCCUGGUUAUAAAGGUGUAGAUUGCAGAGAAGGCCCAGCAGAACAACCAAGAACCAGUCUCUUGCCCACUGCACCACCACGAACUAUUAUGAAGAAAGCCUUGGACUCAGAACCAACAGAAGUGCCACAGGAAUCACAUGAGAAGAAAAUUCAAUUCCUUGAGGAUGAAUUGUUUCGACUUUCACGGACGGUGUUUGAUCUUCAAUCCUCCUUAGCAGGUGUAAAUGAGAACCUGAAACUUACUGUCCAAGAAGAUGCCAGUAAGAUGUUAGUCUCAUGGCUGAACAACCUUCAUGAUCACCCAGGACCUGAUAGUGCCAUGGGUGGUGAAACAGACAGCAUUCAUCUGCCUGGAAUCCUUGGCAAUAAAAACCACAGAGAACCUUUUACUGAUUUUGCAAUGGAAGAUAUAAAGUCUGAGCUAGCUGAAGUAAAAAAUGCCUUGAAAAUAAAAAAUGACAAGCUGGAAGAACUGAAUGGGAAAGUGAAAAGCUAUGAAGGGCAAUUAAAACAACUACAGGAAGCAGCGCGAGGACCUACAGUAACAAUACCAAGUGGUGAUUUAUAUCAAGAAUAUCUAGAUUCUAAAUUUGAGGCCCUAAGACAGGAAAUGCUGGAAGGAUUGGAGAAGAAAAUGGCAGAUCUGAAAAACUCAUGUGAAUACAAAAUGAUGGAUAUCCAGCAACAGUGUGAUGACCAUGAAACUAGCUGUUCAGAAAUAAUUCAACUUGUAGAAGAAAAGGAAAAUGACCUGAGGAAAGAAAUAAAUGAGCUCCAAACUCAGAUCCAGGCUUCUGCAAACCAGUCAAAUUGCUGCAAACCUAGCAACAGUGACGACUUUGGUCAAAAAAUAAAAAAUUUGGAUGAGAAAGUUGAGAGAGUUAUGGAAGCAAACAGAAUCUUAAACGCCAGAAUAGAUAAUGAAAUCAUUCAUAUUUCCACUCCAAGUCUAGAAGAGCAAUUUGGCCCAAGAUGGGAGGAGCUAGAAGCUAGGAUCAAUGUUACAGAGAGGAAUGCUGAAGAACAUUGUUUUUAUAUUGAGGAAACUCUCCGACGUGCGAUAGCUGCUGAGGUGGAUGAAGUCAGAGACUUAUUUGAUCAAAAAUUGCAGGCACUGGAAGACAGGUUGGGUGGUACUAUUUUAGAAAUUGCCAAUGCCACAGCCUCAGAUGGAAUAUCAAAUAAAUCAGAAUCAGUUUUGCGCAGUGACUUGGUAUCUGGAAAUGAGCAACUUGCAUCUGAGGUGUAUCUCCUGAGGAACAAACUACAAGCUGUUGAACACCUUUGCUGGCAGAAAUGCCAAUCUGCCCCUCAACAUAUGGAAAACCUUCAGAAAAGCAUAGAAAAUUGUAGUAACAAAUAUGAAUACUUGCUGUUGAAAGUAGAAGACCACUCUGCUCUUUUGAAGUCUUUAAAUGGUUCCCUUAAUGAGAAAUUUAACUUUAGUAAGAACCACCAGCAGAUCAUCCAUAAGGAUUUGCGUAGAUUUCGGUAUGGUCUAAACAUCAUUGAUAAAGAUGUGAAAAAUCUUCAGGCUGGCUUGAACAGCUGCAAGGAACAACUUCUGGGUGUCAACUCUACAUGUGAAAAGACCCAGCUAGAUGUAUUCAGAAAAAUAGAUGAAAUACAGAGAACAGUUGUGAAUCAAACUUAUCACCAAAAUGGUAAUUGCUGUAAUGAGGUAAAGGAGAGGAUGGAACAGCUAAAAGAACAAAUCUUUAAUGACCUCAGGAAAUGUAAAGAAAACACUGAUGGUAUCCAAGGGGGAAUCUCAGAUGUGGAUAGCAGACUAUCCCAAGUAGAAAAAGUCUGCAGCAAAAUGGACUCCAUCUCAGGUAGCCUACAGAAAAUAAAAGAAGGUCUAAACAAGCAUGUCACUAGCUUAUGGGACUGCAUCAAUCAGAUGAAUGGAACCAUGACAUCUUAUUCCAAAAACAUUUCUGGCCUCAAAAAUUCUGUCCAACAGUUCCAUAAGCAGGUCACCAAAAUCACCACUGACCUUCAGGAGCUGAUGAAAACUCAGUCUAGAACAGCUGAAAAACAACCAAGAAUACCACUGCGGAUACCACAAGAAAAUAACUCCCACCAGCUGACGCAGCCGAGAACCCCCCUUCAGCCAAAACAGCCGAGAACUCCCCUCCAGCCACCGCCACCAGAAACAUCUGUACAUUCAUCAGAGCCGAGAACACCACUACAGCCACCGCAGUCAGGAAUACCGCUGCAUCCACCACAGCCAAGAAUAGUAAUACAACCACCACAGCCAAGAAUAGUAAUACAACCACCACGACAAAGCAUUCCUCUUCAGCCACCACAACCCAGAACUCCCCUACAACCAUCAUUACCCGGUUCAGACACUGGAUCAACUGGGAUCAUUAUGGAGACAGGACAGGCUGGUCCUCCUGGCAAAGCUGUAAUGUCAGGAAGUGGACGACCAAAAGGCAUAGAUGGUCAGUAUAGCAUGCCCAUAGCAGAAGGAUAUGCGGGAGCACCAGGAUAUCCAAAAUCUUCUCCACCUUCUACAGACUCACAAGGACCUUCUGCUGCUGCCACCUCCCUGGUGUCUUUUUCAGCUGGUCUUACUCAGAAGCCUUUCCCCAAUGAUGUGGGUGUGGUCCAUUUUAACAAAGUACUUGUGAAUGAUGGAGACUACUAUAAUCCUAACACAGGCAUCUUCACAUCUCCCUAUGAAGGGCGCUAUCUGAUCACUGCUGUUCUUGCUCCUGAAAGGGAUGAAUACGUAGAAGCAGUGCUAUCUGUUGCCAAUGCAAGUGUUGCUCAGCUUCACACCGCUGGCUAUAGAAGAGAACUGCUUGAGUAUCACAAACCACAAUCAGGAAAACAAACCUGUGGUAGUGCUGGAACAUUCCACCUUGUUCUUCAUCUAAAAGCAGGAGAUGAAGUAAACAUUGUAGUUACUGGGGGGAAAUUGGCCUACACAGACUCUGAUGAAAUGUACUCCACAUUUAGUGGAGUUCUUCUUUAUCCUUCCAUAUCUCAUGUCUAGAUUCCCCGUGAAGAGAAGAGAAGGGUAAGAUUUUCAGAAGAAAUUGAAUGUAAUAAAAUUUGAAGCCUAA